AUGGCUGUUGUGGCUGACAUCCUUGGAAGGAAAGCUAGGCAAUUUCUCCAGACUGCAAAAACUGCUGGAGAGUCACAGAAAGAUCCAGAUUACCUGAAGCUCUGGUUGGAUAGUUUUGUUUCUAGCUAUGAACAGUUUCUGGAUGUGGACUUUGAGAAGCUGCCAACUAGGGUGGAUGACAUUCCUCCAGGAAUAUCACUGCUUCCCGAUAACAUUCUUCAGGUCCUCAGACUUCAGCUGCUACAAUGUGUCCAGAAAAUGUCAGAUGGAUUAGAAGAGCAGCAGCAGGCUCUGUCACUUUUACUUGUGAAAUUCUUUAUCAUCCUUUGCAGGAAUUUGGCUAAUGUGGAGGAGAUUGGGAUGUGUUCAUACAUUAACCACGUUAUCACCAUGACUACAUUAUACAUUCAACAGUUAAAAAGCAAAACAAAAGAGAAAGAAUUGGCAGAUCAGACACCCAUAGAAGAAUUUGUGAGACAUGCAUUGGCUUUUUGUGAAAGUCUCUAUGAUCCGUAUCGAAACUGGAGGCAGCGAAUUGCAGGAUGUUUCCUUAGUACAGUUGAAAAAAGCAGACAGAAGUAUAAGCCAGCUUCCCUCACUGUUGAGUUUGUCCCUUUCUUUUACCAAUGUUUUCAAGAAAGUGAACAUCUCAAGGAAAGCCUAAAAUGUUGCCUCCUGCAUCUAUUUGGAGCUAUUGUGGCUGGUGGUCAGAGGAAUGCUCUUCAAGCAGUAUCUCCUGCCACCAUGGAAGUCUUGAUGCGUGUUUUAGCAGACUGUGACAGCUGGGAUGACAGGAACCCUGAGGAAGUGAGCAGGAAGGCAGAGCUGACUCUGAAGUGCCUGACAGAAGUUGUCCAUAUCCUUCUAACCAGCAGUUCUGACCAACGGCAAGUGGAGACGAGUACAAUAUUGGAGAACUAUUUCAAGUUGCUUAAUUCAGACCAUUCAGCUUUACCUAAUCCAAGGCGAUGCAGGCAGUGGGAGAGCAGGUUCAUAGCACUACAGAUUCAAAUGCUGAAUACCAUCACAGCCAUGUUAGACUGCACAGAUAGGCCUGUUCUGCAGGCAAUUUUCCUUAACAGUAACUGCUUUGAGCAUCUCAUUCGACUGUUGCAGAACUGCAAGCUGUUUUUAAAUGCUAACAAUAAAGUGGCAGACAAGAGUGAGAAAAACCUUGCCAACAAAUUACUGACAGAAAUGAAUGAGGACCAGGUGUUUCAGGGACGCCUAGACUGCUUGGCAGUAUCAACCAUUCAGGCCCUCACAGCAGUAAUGCAUAAGUCUCCAGCUGCUAAGGAGGUCUUCAAGGAGAGGAUUGGUUAUGCACACAUAUAUGAGGUACUAAAAUCGCUGGGUCAACCCUCACGGGAAUUGCUGGAAGAACUCAUGAAUAUGGCUGUUGAAGGUGACCACAUGGCUGUUGGGAUACUAGGCAUUAGUAAUGUCCAGCCCUUAUUGCUGCUUAUCCAGUGGCUUCCAGAACUAGAAUCACAUGACCUGCAGAUUUUCAUCUCAAAUUGGUUGAGGCGAAUCUGCUGUAUUAACAGACAGAGUCGUGCCACGUGCGUCAAUGCAAACAUGGUCAUCCGUAUUAUUAAGACACUAAAUUCCCACUCUGUGCUCCAUUGUACUUGUGCAGAGAACCUGAUUGCCCUUCUGGGCUCUUUGGGGAGCCAGUCAAUGGGCUCAGAAGAACUGCUUCAACUAAUACGGCUCCUGAGAACUGAGGAACCAAAACAAGCUCACCCUUACGUUGUUCCAGUGAUGCGAGCCAUUCUAGCAAUGGCCCGGAAACAGGGCAUGGCUAGUGCGUUGCAGUAUUUCAACUUGUACCACAGCAUGGCUGGAAUUGCUGUUCCAUCAAUUCAUAAGUGGCCAGGCUCUGCGUUUUCUUUCAAUGCUUGGCUCUGCCUUGACCAGGACCGGGUGGACCCUAGCACGACUAACAAAAGUGGCAAGAGGAAGCAACUCUAUAGCUUUUUUACAGCAAGUGGUAUGGGUUUUGAAGCAUUUAUUACAUACUCUGGGGUGCUGGUGGUUGCCGUUUGCACGAAGAGGGAAUAUGCAACAGUGAUGCUGUCUGACCAUUGUUUUUUUGACUCUCUUUGGCACAACGUAACUAUUGUUCACAUGCCUGGAAAGAGGCCCUUUGGUCAGAGCCUUGUGUACAUCUAUGUCAAUGGACAACAGAAGGUCUCUGCCCCACUUCGGUUCCCUGCCAUGAAUGAAUCUUUCACUUCUUGCUGCAUUGGUUCAGCUGGUCAAAGAACAACAACUCCUCCUCCAUCUCAGAUACCAGAUCCACCUUUUUCCUCACCUAUUAUGCCCCAUCGGACAUCGCUUGGGGGCAUUCUCGCUACAGGAAGUUGGGGUGGGAUGCUUGGAAAACCAGAACUCAUCACCAAGAUGAUCUCAGCAGGGACUCAGGACAGUGAAUGGGGUUGUCCAACAUCUUUGGAGGGCCAACUUGGAUCAGUUAUCAUCUUUCAUGAAGCACUGCAGCCUCCUCAGGUGAAAGCAUUAUAUUUAGCAG